GAAGAUGAAGUAGAGCCCUGACCAUGGACCAUGAUGCCCCCACCAUCAGGCCCCGCCGCAUCCAGAACCAGAAUGUCAUCCACCGCCUGGAACGCCGCCGGAUCAGCUCGGGCAAAGCUGGCACCCACUGGCACCAAGUCCGCGUCUUCCACCAGAACGUCUUCCCCAACUUCACCGUGGUCAACGUGGAGAAGCCACCUUGCUUCUUGCGCAAGUUCUCCCCGGAUGGCCGCUACUUCAUCGCCUUCUCCUCUGACCAGACCUCUCUGGAGAUCUACGAGUAUCAAGGCUGCCAGGCAGCAGAAGACCUCCUGCAAGGCUACGAGGGGGAGAUCCUGGCCAACGGCAACGACCAAAGAUCUGUCAACAUCCGGGGGCGGCUCUUUGAGCGCUUCUUUGUCCUGCUCCAUAUCACCAACGUGGCCUCUAACGGGGAGCACCUGAACCGCGAGUGCAGCUUGUUCACCGACGACUGCCGGUACGUGAUCGUUGGCUCCGCUGCCUACCUGCCCGAGGAGCCUCACCCCCCCUUCUUUGAGGUGUACCGCAACAGCGAGUCGGUGACUCCCAAUCCCCGCUCCCCCUUGGAGGAUUAUUCCUUGCAUAUCAUAGACCUCCACACGGGCAGACUCUGUGACACACGGACUUUUAAAUGUGACAAAGUCAUCUUGUCUCACAACCAGGGGUUGUACCUCUAUAAGAACAUCUUGGCCAUCCUCUCGGUGCAGCAACAGACUAUUCACGUCUUUCAGGUGACACCCGAGGGCACGUUCAUCGACGUGCGGACUAUCGGCCGCUUCUGCUACGAGGACGAUCUCCUGACCCUGUCUGCUGUGUAUCCCGAGGUGCAGCGGGACACUCAGACGGGGAUGGCCAACCCCUACAAAGAGCCCUUCAUCAACUCUCUGAAGCACAGGCUGCUGGUGUAUCUCUGGAGAAGGGCCGAGCAGGAUGGAAGCGCUAUAGCCAAAAGAAGGUUCUUCCAGUACUUUGACCAGCUGAGGCAGCUCCGCAUGUGGAAGAUGCAGCUGUUGGAUGAAAACCAUCUGUUUAUCAAAUACACCAGCGAGGACGUGGUCACGCUGCGGGUGACAGACCCGUCCCAGCCUUCCUUCUUCGUCGUGUACAACAUGGUGAGCACAGAAGUUAUUGCUGUGUUCGAGAACACGUCCGAUGAGCUGCUGGAGCUGUUUGAGAACUUCUGUGACCUCUUCAGG